GUUUUGAUCAUUAUCAUCGCUACACAUUGACCGAUUAAAUACACCAUGAAGCUUUCACAACUACCUCUCCUGCUACUCGCUGCAGCUACAACCACCCUUGCUCAAGAUUGGCAUUUCGUCGCUUUCACAACUCCAGAUGGACAAGAAUUCAUUUCUCAAUCAGGCAACAUGAUCGUCCCUGCAAUCCACGAAGCAGCGACAAAUUAUCUCUGGCCCGGUCUUCAAAGCACCGAUAACUCAGGGGUAUACCAAAAUGUUCUUGAUGGCAGGUCUGGAGGUUGGUGGUUUGGUAGUGGUUGGUGUUGUUCAAACCCCAGUUUACCUUGGGGUGGAGGUUUUGGCGCUGCGGAGGGUGAUGUUUUGUUCUUCAACAAUACGCGCAACACGGAUAGUAGUGAAUGGGUCAGCGUGAUUGAAAAGAAUUGCGGUGAAGCGAGCGCGACAAAUUCAUUCCCUAUCGCUGAUAAGGUGAUGAACGACGCACCAUUCGCAGCAGAGUUGUAUGGGGCUUGGGACUUUGGCCCGGUCAUCUUCGAAGAUGUGAUAUUGAUCGCGACUGGUGACGACACAAGGUUCUGUACCGACAACCCCUGGAACUACAAUGGUGCGACUAACGUCAGUAUUACUGGUGUCAUAUCGACGGUCGGUGUUGAUACGGUCACUUGCAAUAUUGAGAGCAUCACACUGUGGGGACCUGCGUAAGGAAGUUCAAGCAGUUCAGCAGUCCUCCGAUCUAAACCUAGCAUUUUCCUUCCAUUUCGAUCGCAUACUAGCUAUCAAAAGGCAGAAUGCUUUUGAUAAUGAGCUCCUUGCCACAGAAAGCGGUGCUCAAUUCGCGAUCUCUCUGGAU